AUGGGGAAAUUGAUCAGAAUGGGGGCACGGGAGAGGCGGUUACUCCGGCCAAAGCGGCUUCAUUGGAGUCGCCUCCUCUUCCUGUUGGGAAUGUUGGUCAUCGGUUCCACCUACCAGCACCUGAGGAGCCCCCGGGGCCUCCCCUCAUUGUGGGCAGCAGUCUCCUCCCAACAUUCUGUAAAACUGGCCAGCCGUGACCUCCCUGACAAUGAGAUGAUGAUGGUGAGCAGUGACCCUCCAAGAGCUAGCUCUGAAAUGGAGGUGCCCCAAGCCACGGUGGGCAGGGUUCGUGAAGCAACACCUGGGAUAACAAUGAAGAAUACACACGAUCCACCCAGAAGAACAGCCAACAUCACUCCAACAAUAUCCAAGAUUAAGUACACAGCAGGAGACAUAGAAAGAGUGAAGGGAGACAGCACAACCAUACCCAGUGGAGUACUGAGUCACUACACCCCAACUUCAAACAGACCAACAGUGAAGAAUUACACCCCAACACCACCACCCAGGGGAGAAAUGCAGAGCUACAAUCCAAUUCAAGCCAAGGGAAAGGUGAAGAAAUACACCCCAUCUCCACUUGGUAGACUAGUAGGCAAUUAUGCCCCAUCCACACUCAUGACAAUGACAAGGAGACAUGGGGUCACCCCCAGAACAACAGUGAAAGACAGUGAAAUUAUGACAACCACCAAAAUAUUGGAGACUAACCCCUCUAAGAGAAUGGUGGAGGAAACCACCCCAGCUACUCUCAAGGGAAUAAUUAACACCCCAACUUUCCAGAUAAGUGGAAUUGAAACAAACAUCCUGACUUCUCCAAGGAGUAUAACGGAAAAGAACACUGUGACUACCCCCAGAACAGUGGACAGUAAGAGCCCGAUCAAGCCGCGGGGGUUAGUGGGAAAUAACAGGCUGACAACUUCUCUGGGAACGGUCCUUGAGCACACCACAGCCAUCUCUGAGGGGCAAGUGAUGAUAAGCACCAUGACAGGCAGUAGCCCAAAGGAAAUCAAAGCCUCUACUGCUACCUGGAGUGUUAGUGAUCCUUUGUCUAGGACCAGUGCAUUGACCAUGGGAAUAUCCUCAGCUACCUACAGGGGGCUGGCAAAGAAACCUUCCAUAGCACCCGGGACCUCAUCAACCUCCAAGGUCAGGGUGAAUCCAAAGAUCCAUGUGCAUCACUGUGUUUUUGUGGAGCCAGCACCGGCUGUGCCCCCUGCUUCCUCCCUCAACCUGACAACAGCUGCGAUCCCAGAGGCACCCAGUUCCAGUCCCUCAGAGCUGCCCCCUGGCUGGCCAGACCUUCACUCCAAGGCAGAGUACCCCCCAGACUUGUUCAGCAUAGAGGAGCGGCGACGGGGCUGGGUGGUGCUGCACAUCUUUGGCAUGAUGUAUGUGUUUGUGGCCUUGGCCAUCGUGUGUGAUGAGUACUUCGUCCCAGCCCUGGGUGUCAUCACAGAUAAGCUACAGAUCUCUGAUGAUGUGGCAGGUGCCACCUUCAUGGCUGCUGGAGGCUCUGCCCCCGAGCUCUUCACCUCCCUCAUUGGCGUCUUCAUCUCCCACAGCAAUGUGGGCAUUGGUACCAUCGUGGGCUCUGCUGUGUUCAACAUCCUCUUUGUCAUCGGCACCUGUGCCCUCUUCUCCCGGGAGAUCCUCAAUCUCACGUGGUGGCCCUUGUUCCGUGACGUCUCCUUUUACAUCCUUGACCUGAUGAUGCUCAUUCUCUUCUUCCUGGACAGCCUCAUUGCCUGGUGGGAAAGCCUGCUGCUGCUGCUGGCCUAUGCCUUCUAUGUGUUCACCAUGAAGUGGAAUAAACAACUAGAGAUAUGGGUGAAGGAGCAGCUCAGCAGGAGGCCAGUGGCCAAGGUCAUGGCCUUGGGGGACCUCAGCAAGCCAGGCAAUGGGGCAGUUGCGGUGGAUGAGCUGCAGGAAAACAAGAAGCUAAAGCUCCCAGCAAUGCUGACCCGAGGGAGCAGCUCGACCUCUCUGCACAACAGCACCAUCCGCAGCACCAUCUACCGGCUCAUGCUUCACAGCCUGGACCCUCUGGGAGAAGCCCAUCCCUCCAAGGAUAAGGAGGAGGAGAGCUUGAAUCAGGAGACCAAAGCCAAGCCUCAUGCUAAUGCAGAGAACAAACCAGAGGAGGAGGAGUCAGCCAAGCUUCCUGCGGUCACGGUCACACCAGCCCCUGCUCCAGAUGUUGAGGGAGAUCAGGAGGAAGAUCCUGGCAGUCAGGUAGAUGUGGCUGGAGCUGAGAGCACAGGUGAAAUAGUAGCUGAAGAGGGUGAAGCUCCUGGUGAAGGCAAAAAUGGAGAGCAAGGUGGAGGUGAGUCUCAACUGGAAGGUGAAGGUGAAAUUGAAGCAGAAGGAGAAGAAGGUGAACAUGGCAGUGAACUCCAAGCAGAAGAUGAGGACAUGAAAGCUGAUGAAGGUGGAGGUGAAGGUGAACUCCAAGCAGAAGAGGGUGAAAUGAAAGCUGAUGAAGGUGAAAAUGAAGAGCAGGAAUUCAAUGCUGAGAGUCAAGGUGAAGCCAAAAGUGACGAGAAAGGUACAGAUGGUGAAGGGGGAGGUGAUGGAGGUGACAGUAAAGAUGAAGAGGAGGAUGAAGAGGAAGAGGAGGACGAUGAGGAAGAGGAGGACGAUGAGGAAGAGGAGGACGAUGAGGAAGAAGAGGAGGCAAAUGAGGAGCCUUUGUCCCUGGAGUGGCCCGACACCAGACAGAAGCAAGCCAUUUACCUCUUCCUCCUGCCCAUUGUGUUCCCACUGUGGUUGACGGUGCCUGAUGUCCGGAGGCUGGAGUCUAGGAAGUUUUUUGUUAUCACCUUCCUGGGAUCCAUCGUGUGGAUAGCCAUUUUCUCAUACCUCAUGGUCUGGUGGGCUCACCAGGUUGGUGAAACAAUAGGGAUUUCAGAAGAGAUCAUGGGUUUGACGAUCCUAGCAGCAGGCACGUCCAUUCCUGACCUCAUCACCAGUGUGAUUGUCGCUCGGAAAGGCCUGGGAGACAUGGCUGUGUCCAGCUCUGUGGGCAGUAACAUAUUUGAUAUCACCGUGGGCCUGCCUGUCCCUUGGUUGCUGUUCUCUCUUAUCAAUGGAUUACAGCCUGUUCCAGUCAGCAGCAACGGCUUGUUUUGUGCAAUUGUUUUGCUUUUUCUCAUGCUCCUGUUUGUGAUCUCUUCAAUUGCAUCAUGCAAAUGGAGAAUGAACAAGAUCCUGGGCUUCACAAUGUUCCUCCUUUACUUUGUAUUCCUGAUAAUCAGUGUGAUGUUAGAAGAUCGAAUCAUUUCCUGUCCUGUAUCUGUCUGA